AUGGCGGCUACUGUCACUGCGUGGUCAAAGCCCGGCGCUUGGGCUCUCGAUUCCGAGGAACACGAGGCCGAACUCCUUCAACAGAAUCAAGACACCGCCAAACCCCUCGCUGACUUCCCCUCCCUAGCGGUUGCCGCCGCCACCAAGCCCAAGAAGAAGAAGGCCCAGACCUACUCCCUCGCCGAGUUCACAGCCAAGCCCGACAGCACUUUCGCGGACCAAGAUCCCGUCGUCCUACCCACCGGCCCGCGCCAGCGUACCGCCGAGGAGCUAGACCGCACCCGCCUCGGCGGAGGAUUCCGCUCCUACGGCGACCGCCCCAAUAGGAACUCCUCGGGCGACGACUCUUCUUCCAAUUCGCGUUGGGGUUCAUCUAGGGUUUCUGACGAGCCCAGGCGAAACGGUUCGUUUGGGGCUAAGGAUUCGAAUCGUGAGCUUCCCCCUUCUCGCGCUGAUGAGACCGAUAAUUGGGCUGCGGCGAAGAAACCCUCGGGAGGGUUUGAGAGGAGGGAGAGGGAUAGAGGAGGGUUCUUCGAUUCGCAGUCGCGCGCCGACGAAUCGGAGAGCUGGGUUUCGAAUAAGAGCUUCGUGCCGUCGGAUGGGAGGCGAUUCGGGUCCAACGGUGGAGGGUUUGAGAGAGAGAGGCGGGUUGUUGGGUUUGGCUCCAGCGGCGGCGCUGAUUCCGAGGACUGGAACAAGAAGAAGGGCGAGUCCAACGUUGUUAGCGAGAGUGCUGGUGUUGGAGGGAGGCCUAGGCUUGUUUUGCAACCUCGGACACUGUCGGUGAGCAAUGAAGGGCAGGAUGGGAAUGUGGGGAAGCUUAAAGGGGUUAAUCCGUUCGGAGAAGCAAGGCCAAGGGAGCAGGUUUUGGCGGAGAAAGGGCAAGAUUGGAAAAAGAUUGAUGAACAGCUUGAGAGCAUGAAGAUUAAGGAGACAAGUGGUGGUGGUGAUGGCUUUGGGAAGAGGGCUUUUGGGUCUUCCAAUGGAGGAGGACGUGCUGCUUUGCCUGAAGGUCGCACUGAGAGGAGUUGGAGGAAGCCCCAAUCUGAUGAUGAACGUCCUAAAAGUGCUGAGAAAGUUGAAGAUGAACACGUUGAAGAAAAUUGA